AUGAUGAAAGUUGUUAUUCAAAGAAGAAUAGACGGAACAACAGAUUUUGACAGAAAUUGGGUUGAAUAUAGAGAUGGAUUUGGUGAUCCACAGAAGGAAUACUGGCUUGGUAACAAAUUUUUAAACAUUAUUACGACUAAUGGUAAAUAUGAACUAAGAGUAGAUCUAACGGACACAAACAACAAGAUGACGUAUGCUUUGUACAAGACAUUUAGUGUUAGUGACGAGAAUUCACAAUACAAGCUUACUAUUGGGGGACAUAGUGGAACUGCAAGUAAUGGGAUGGCAUACAACAACGGUAUGAAAUUCUCCACAAAGGAGCGUGAUUAUGAUACUAGGAGUAGUGUUAACUGUGCUAAAUCAGAUGGUGCUUGGUGGCAUGGUAGCUGUAGUAAUACCUCGAAUGAUGCCAAGGAUUUGUAUAACGCAUUGUUCGUGAGAAGCGAUUACAAUAAACAAGUGAGACCGAUUCUUGAUCAAACUGAUGCCGUACUAGUCACAGUAUCACUGCAACUAACUAGCAUUCAUGAAAUUGAUGAGGUAGCAGAGAAAUUAGUUGUUGCAGGUUUCCUAGAUAUAUUCUGGAUAGAUGAGCAUCUAGUUUGGGAUAGCGCUGAUUACAAUGAUAUCGACUCCAUUGCUAUUCUUCAGGACAAUAUCUGGAAACCAAACCUUGCUUUAAAGAAUGGAUUCAAAAAGUUAGAAGAAUUAGGAGGAAGCUUUUACAAUGUUCGGAUUGAUAGCAAUGGUUGGGUAACUUGGCUUCCAUAUCACGUGUUCGAAAGUCGCUGUUCCAUCGAUGUCACCCAUUUUCCAUUUGAUAAACAAUCUUGUCAAGUCCGUUUCACAACUUGGACGUAUUAUGAUUUUGAAGUUGAUUUUGACCUGAAUUCAAAAAUUCAACUUAGAGAAUACACCGAGAAUAGUUUAUGGGCAAUCACUUCAACUUCAGUUCAGUUAGAAGUCAGUUUAGGUAGCAGCGAGGUUAUUUUCACAAUAAAUUUACGCCGUAAAGCUACGUACUACAUAAUCAACAUUGUUUUACCUAUAAUAUUCUUGGGAUUUCUUAAUUUUUUAGUAUUCAUUGUUCCUGUUGAUGCUGGUGAGAAAAUGUCUUAUUCGGUCUCUGUUUUUCUGUCUUUUGUAGUAUUUCUAACAAUGAUUAGUGAGCAACUUCCCGUCAAUUCAGAAAGCACAUCCUACCUCAGCAUUUUCAUUGUUAUUCAAUUAGGUUACAGUAUUCUAGUUCUUGUUGUUAAUUCUUUACAGUUACGAAUUCAUCAUAGAGAAGAAUGCCACAGAAAGUCGAAAAUGUAUGUAAAUAUUGUCAAACUUAAAAGAAGAAUUCGUUAUUCGUUUAGAAUUAGUAACGGUUCUGAUUCACAAGAUAGAGAACACGUUAACAUCAAUGGAGAAAGCGUUGGUGAAAAUACAUCCGUUAAAAUGAAUCCCACUGAAGGCGCUUUACAAUGGCGUGAUGUAUCGUAUGCCGUUGAUUUCUUUGCUUUUUGGAUUUUGCUGGAUCUAGCUAUUGAUGAUCAUUUCUGUUUUGAUAAUGCGAUACAACGGGAUGAUAAUCUGAAAACGGCUUAA